ACGACUCCCUGGCUGGUCGCUAAAAUUUGAUCUUGCCGGAAGUUCCCAUUGAAGUUGAUCUUAGGAGGCGGCGCCAUAAAUUGCUUGAGAAUUGCUAUACUUUAUCCUCCGAGAGUUCUUUCUUCUCAUUUCAACACUGUGAGCUCUAUUAAUUUCUUGAAAUCCAGUGCACGCUCGAAAUAUGAUAUAGGUUAUUUUCAACACUCAUAUUCUAGACAGUCGACCUUUUUGUAAUAAAAGAAAAAAUUGGUCAUUCUCAGAUACCUAGGAGCUGAAAGAAAAUCACCAUCUCAAUGGAAGUUCCGGUUGAAGAGGCCAUUGCUGCCCUCUCCACAUUCUCAUUAGAGGAUAAUCAACCAGAAGUUCAAGGGCCAGGGAUCUGGGUUUCAGUUGAAGGAGGUGCCACCAGCAGCCCAAUCCGUAAGUUUCUUUUUUUGCCAUUUUCAAUAUCUGUGUUUGUGGUGUGUGCUUUGGAUAUGGUUUCUUUCAGCAAUUUUAAAUUUCAUGCAUACUUUGAUAUGGGCAUGAUGUCUUAUGUAGAGUACAGCGAUGUGUCUGCAUAUAGGUUGUCACUUUCUGAAGACACCAAAGCUAUUAAUCAGCUGGAUGCACUUAUUCAAGAAGGAAAUGAAAUCACAUCUGUGCUCUAUACAUAUCAGAGUUGUGUCAAAGCUCUUCCUCAGCUUCCAGAAUCUAUGAAGCAAAGCCAGGCUGACUUAUACCUAGAAACGUAUCAAGUUUUAGAUUUGGAAAUGAGCCGGCUGCGUGAAGUUCAGCGAUGGCAGGCGUCAACAGCAUCUAAGAUUUGGACGGAGAUGCAAAAUGAUUUUUUGCCAAACUUCAUACUCUGCAAUACAACUCAGCGUUUUGUCCGAUCUUCUAGAGUUCCUUCAGUUUCUGUGCAGAAACCUUCAAUUCCCUAUGCAAAGCCAAACUUUUAUUGUGGUAACCCAGAUCUAAAUUCUGCAUACCAGAACUUUGCUCGAUUGUAUUGUGGAUUUUUUGGGAUCCCUCACAUGUAUUCAAUUGCAAAGCUUUUGGGGUCUAGAUCAUUGCCUUGGCUUAUCAGAGCCCUCUUGGAUCAUGUCUCAAACAAGAUUACUACAAUUGAACCAAUGAUUAUUGGCUUACAAGAAGCUUUGCCUAAGUCCAUUGGAUUGCUUCCGUUUGAUGGAGGAGUAGCAGGAUGUAUGAGAUAUGCAAAGGAUAUUCUUAACUGCUGGCAGUCAAAAUCUGAACUCAAAGCUAAGAUUCUUUGUGGAAUCAAGGAAAUUGGGAGUGUGCUGUACUGCAUGGGUCUUCUUGAUAUUGUUUUGAGGGAAGUAGAUACUUGUAAUUUCUUGCAAACAGCCCCUUGGUUAGGUUUAAUUCCAGGCACAGAUGGGCAGAUGACGCAAUCUCAAGAGGGGGCAGAUAGCCCUAUGGUCACUCUCUUUAAAUCCGCAACUGCUGCAACUGUAUCUAGCCCUAGCUGCUUAAGUUCCACAUCAUUCAGCAUGUUAUCAAAGCAAGCGGAAGCUGCUGAUCUCUUGUACAAGGCCAACAUUGACACUGGAAGUGUACUGGAAUAUGCCCUUGCUUUCACCAGUGCCGCUUUAGAUAAAUACUGUGGCAAAUGGAGCGCGGCCCCUAAGACAGGAUUUAUUGAUAUCAGAACUUCAAAGGACUUCUACCGAAUAUUUAGUGGCCUACAAAUUGAAUACUUGGAGGAAUCUGUAUUAUUGCAGUCAAGCAGCCACGAAAUGUUGGGUGAUUCUGUUGCCUGGGGUGGAUGCACAAUCAUCUACCUGCUUGGCCAGCAACUGCACUUUGAACUCUUUGAUUUUUCACAUCAAGUCCUCAAUGUUUCAGAGGCAGAAGCAGCAGCAUUUACAUCACCGCAAAUGAAUCUUACAUUUGUUCAGGGAUUGGAUAGCUUAAUGGAGGCCAUGAAGAAAGCAAGGAGGCUAAACAGUCAUGUGUUUUCAAUGUUGAAAGCCCGGUGCCCGCUUGAGGACAAGCAAGCAUGCGCUAUAAAACCAAGUGGUGCACCAUUGCAUCGCGUCAAAUAUGAGAACACGGUAUCUGCUUUUGAAACACUCCCUCAGAAAGGUGCUUGAGAUUAAUGGACCGGUCAAAGGAGGUGCCCAAAUGUUUGACCGGUAGAGUCUGUUGUACCAUAUACCUUUUGAGAUAGAGGAAGAGAUCAGAGGGAACAAAACUUCGAGAAGGGG